GUAGAUUCCAUCUGGCUGUUCGCUAUUUCGGUGUGACAGCAACCUAUUGAUCUGACUCUUCAAAAAUCUCGUCGGUCAUGCUCGUCGGUUCGUCUCCAAACAUUAUCACUAUUUCGUAUGUCAAGAAAAAACAACAGGAUCUGUUCGGAUGUGAGUGUGCCUUCGCUCGCGCUGUGAGAUCUUCACAGCAACGAAACAAUGCUUCAUCCUCCCUAUCCCAGCCUCCUGAAUUCCCCAUCGCCUCCCAAAUAUAGGCCACGACCUAAAUAGAUAUUUGAGGAGCUUUGAUUCAAAUUUUUCUUGUUGACCCUAGUCGUUCAAACUCAAAGUUUUGUUUUGAAAGCAUCAUUGAAGGCUAGUAAUUUGCAUUUUUGUCUUAGAAAAAACCCGAGCACAUUGCCGCAUGCACUAAGUAACACGCGCAUAAAGAAUAUCUGAGCAACUUCACUCAAAAAAUAGCAUGAUGCUUAUUCAUCUCUAUUCCGACACCGACUGAGGUUCUGCUUAUUUUGUACCCACUAGAUUGCUUGGAUUCAGAGUCACUACUUUCUACAUCUUCUCUGAGUUUUAUCGUGCGAAAACCAAAGAUCAUAGUUCUGAAAGCUAGGCCAUCCAAAAAGCGACAAGAUGAAGAGUCACGACAAGUUUACCACACAGUGGUACGGCCCAGUAAGCGUGAAUGGUACAGACGCGCCAUACCAUCCGAGAUCUACUAAGGUACUAGGACACACAUUCUAAAUUUCAGUAAAAACUCGUUUGGUGGAUGUGUUUAUAGUUAACGGAAAGACAAGAACCAGACAAAAAGCUUCACAUAAACACAAGACUAAGGAGCCCCGUGCUUUUUCUUAUUUCUUCCUGCGGUAGACGUUCACAGCACUGACCGAUGACUAAUGCUCGAAAAUGCUGGGCUCUUUCUGGAUGUCCCUUCAUGAAAGAUUGAGAACACUUUCAUGCUGCAUAAUUUUUAGGCCACUGGGCGAAAGAGAAGAGUCAGACGAAGGCAGAAGUGGUAACCUCGUGGGGAGAAACGACGGAUGUUCUAAGAAAAUCAUUUCUUUGUAGAUUAAAAGGAUUUAUUAGCGAGUACGCGUGUUAAAUCCAGAAAACAACAACCAAAUAAGUCAAGGAGAUAAACAACACAAGAUGAGAAUAAUGACGUUGUCGAGCAGGCGCUCGUAAAUUGUUGCCUUCUCUUCUUGUCCUAAGGACUCUGCGUUCUUCACUUCUCCCCAGCUGGCACAGCAAGAACCUCAGGUGGAGGCUCACGCUUCCUUCUAUGCUGUACCAACACGCACUUCUUCCACCUCCGCGCACGUAUAAACUUCAAAACUACUUCCUUGCGAUGCAGAAUACGCCGUAGAUCACGUAAUAGCUCCCAUCUUCCAUCUAGUCGCAGCAACAUGUCAACAGCCCCAGUCUUUCAUACACGCGUACAGGAUAGCCAUAGUGGCAACAGCGGCUAUGGCUACAAAGGAUACGGCAAAGGCGGCAAAGGGGCUGGCUUCCAGAACCAGUACGAGCCUAAACCAUCUGCGGGAUUUGACAACUCCCACUGCAAUGACUACGAGCGCUUCUUUGGCAACAUCGAGUUCUUCUCCUUGAACAAGGAAGGCAGACCGGCGAGAUCUAUGAUCGGAGUCCCCCAGUCAAUGCGUGACGCCUUCCAGAGGAUCCAUCCAGGCUUGGACCACGCUAUCCAUGUUGUUGUCCCACUUCCUGCAAUACGGGAACACUCGCAGGACUUGGCUGAAGUACUUGGCACGGUAGAAGUGCUCUACCAGGAGGAUGGGGAGCGAGCGAGUCGUCUAGUAGAGGAACUCACAGCAGUUGCGCGCAACUUCAGGAUGAGUGAGGGGCUACCAGCUUGGUAUAGCCACAUCAACUGGGAGCGAACGACGAUGAAGGUCGAGAUUGAAGGCAAAGAGAACAACGACAAGGCUACAUCUAGUGGCGGAGAGGACCUCGCUGCUGCGCUCCAACUAGAGAAGGCGAAAGCAGAGAAUCUAGAUAAGCAACUGCGACUCGCUGAACUACAGAAGGACGUGAACAACAAGGGCAACGGUAUGAAUCGGGAACAUAAGAGCAAGAGAGUAGCAACCAGCAACAACGUCUUCGACCAGAAUAAACCACGAGUGGGACUUUUUGCAGGUCUGAAACCAGAAGAACCAGCAGAGAAGUCCUCGAACAAGAGACCAAGAACGAUGAGCAUACUAGAUGAGAUUAUAGACCCACUACCGGAGGAGAUACCAGUAAAGAUCGCUGAGCACGUCCAGGACUUCAGCGAAGGCGUCCGUGGAGGAGCUAUACCGCUCCGAGACCUGUCGAACAAAGCAGCGCGCAACGCCAUCGACAUCGUGGGGAGGAUCAUCACAGAUACGCUCGGGACUAAUACCUGGAUGGAGUCUGAUCGCGUGCUCUACAAUAAGAGUCUGAAUGCGCUCCGGUUUGCAUGGCUGAACUACACCGAAGCACCCAGUCACCCGGAGUUCACAGAGGGGCCAGAAACUCUCACGAGCCUCGUCGAGGGGGUUGCCAAGGAGAUCGCCGAGAACCUAGUACUACCAAACGACACCCUCUGGAAGGAGUUUCAGAACAAGUACGGGUGGACUGGUGAUGGCACGAUCUACCAGACGUUCUACGAGUCUCUCAUUAUCCUCAAUCUGACCUCGCAGACCCGUAUCGCAACCAAGGCGAAGACUGACGCAGUGGAAGAUGGUUUAUAGGAGGUGGAAUAGUGGCGGGUUCUUCUUAGUUGUUCCGCAAUACAACUAUGGAGGUAAAGACUAGCUUUACUUCAUGCACAGUCACAAGUCUUAUCUUCGUCGGGGAGGAAGCGCAAUGUCCCUUGCCGUACAGUUUCUGCGGUUCGGCUUGCUGCAUGAAGAGGGACGGCAUAAGCAUAAGCAUACAACUUUGGCCAUCUUCUUUUUACAACAUAUAGUACCUGGGGUAUCCCCUCGCCUUUCUUAAAAGAGUACCCCAGAACAAGCAACAAAUGGAAGUUGGGAGCUAACGGAGAAAUCAUGAUGAUGAGUAGAAGUAGAAUAAAGAUAGAACAAGAAGCAAGGACGUAUAACAACUUUCGUGACAAUGAGAUUGUGGUGGAGUUCUUUGCUGGAUCCUCUGAAGUAAUUUCUUUUCUUGACAGUCUCGGGAAAGCUGUCGAACACUACCGCAGGAACACGAAGGCACUACAAGAUCUCUAUGAAGUAAAAACCUGUCUAGCAGCGUGGGCCUUCGAACGAACCAAGAACUACGGCCUCUGCGCAAGGUGUGGAAGAGGUGUUACUGGUUUCCACAGUAAGAAGCCUUGUCGCUGUAUUAUCAGCGUGGUGAAGAGAGGGCACACCUUCUUCUACGGCCACCAGAAAGAAUGGACAGGACAACCAGAAGCACGGGCGCGACAGUUUGACUUUACGGAUGGCAGAGUCUGCGAAGAGAUCCGGCCGGUCUCUUUCUUAAAGAGAUUCCGAGACGCCUUGUUUGAUGUCGAUGAGUGUCUCGCGCUGAACCUCCUACAGAACGCGGGCACCAGGUACGCUGAGAGAUUAAUGGAGAAAGUACACAUCUGCCGCAGAGUUAGUGGAAUAGAGCUGGAGACAGACGACGACACCCAUGUUGUUUACCUUGCAUGGCGACCCUUCACGAAGUCGACUUAUGUAGGCAUAACAACACAGACGAAAGCAGAGCGAACGUUAACACAUUGGACAGGUAAGGGAGCGGAAGAACGAGCGAGCCGAGCUUCCUCAAGAUUCCACCGCAAGGCGGUGUACUCUUAUCUCUUUAUCGCUAUCAUGCGCGCACCCGUCAAGAGCCGCUACAAUUUACAGGCAGCAGAGAUCCUCCUCAUGAACUGGCUCCACGCGACAGAGAAUACGCAGGGGAUGAUCGCCGCAAGGAGGAGUAAAGAGGAUGCUGCUGUAGUGAGGACAGUCAUCAUCAACAACAGGAAAAGGACACAGUUCAAGGCGACGAGAAUGCGAGACAAUGGGGGGGAACAUGAUAGGCGGCCCAUCUCUGAUAAGACUCCGAAACAGGCUUUCCACAUCCUCUGCUCUAAGAAUCUGGACGGCGUCAUCAACAGUAGGAUAAAGAUGGUCCUCGAAUGUUCCAGACAAAUCGGACUGAAAGCACACACCGCAGCGAAUCUCGAGAAUAUGGACCCGAGAGCGCGCACCAGACUCUACUACCUUGCCCGGAACACCUUGGACGUUGGUAAGUUCUACAUUUUCAAGGCUAACAUGAAGGACUUUGCAGGAGCGUCGACAGUUGUGUGCACAGUUAAGCUCUACAACACGGCACCGAUAGCCAUAUCUAGUCUAGUCAAAUACUUCAGUCCCAUGAUCAAACACGACCCCAAGAAGAAACUCGAGCCAUAUGUUGCCAUCCGCAUCAAACGACGAUCGAGCUCAAGAUUUUUAGACAUCUUCGGAACAAAGCAAGAAGAGUGGCACACGACAGCAGCCCGCAGGCGUUUCUACGGGGAGCCCCUACAUUGUGCGCGCAGUCUGUUACUUAGGAGAUACCCGGGCGUGACUUCCCUUGACGGACAUAUCUUAUGCGAGCCUAUAUCUUCGGGCUUUCACUUGAUACGACAGGAGAAGGGAGGCCAAGACUGGAAUCGCGUAGGACGAUUCGCGCCAACACUAGAGGAGGAGGCGCGUGCAAUCACUGCGGCCAGAAAGGCUUUCAGUAAACUAGAUAUUGUCAGGAGGUGUGGGGGAAUGACUGACGACAAGCGACUCGCUUACGCCGGGCGCGACUGGGGAACAUUUGAGGAGAAAUAUGCUAACGCCAAUGACGUAACUGAACAGGCCAAGGAGCUAGCAGCACACUGCUACACUGGUGACAUCGACAAAGGACGCUUCCCAUUCUUCGCGUGUAAUGUCUUAAUGGAGCGGAUAAUGGCGGGACACACUUCGGAGGAUUACACGGCUCUCAAGGGAUGGCACGGACUAGAGAGCUACGACAUUUUCCGCACACAUAUCGACGACGCGGACGCUUUUUUCAACUUAGCUAACGAGAAUGCAGGCGAAUGGGAUGAGGAGCGCAAUAGAUGGAAGCGGCCACCGAAAUCGCUGACAAACCAGUGGAGAGGUAGGAAGCGUCACAGAUGGCCAUUCUUGAGGAUCAUGAUCAAGCAGAGGCUCUUCGCCUCAUUAAAACCAGGAGCGAGAAUGAAGACGACUGACCUGCCAGGGGGUGUGAUACCAUACCGACCAAUCACGUCUUACGCGAAGCAUAUCUAUGGGAGGUGGUUCUCUUCAGUAGCGAGGAUUAUACGGUCGAUCUUUGGGACGCUCUAUGACGCUUAUCUAUUCAGGACACAGCAGGAGAUCAUCAUGAGCCUUCACGACGCCAACAGACGCUGGCGGGCGAUGACAGAGGAAGAGAGGAAGAGACACAUCCUACAGCUCGAAACCGGAGACCUGAAGGAUUUCUUCACGAAGUGUAGCACGCGCGACGCUAUCAAGGAGAUCCGUCGGCGCAUAGAGAGCAUCGAGCGACAGGGAUUCAAAUACUUUCUAGUGGAACGGGGCAACACAUUUACCAAGCGCGUCCGUCUGCACAAAGACUCGCUUUUUGGUCAGCGAUAUGUGACGAAAUCUUCCACACAUACUGGGAAGCCAGUCACGCGGGACCUUUACCGACAGGCCUGGGACAAACCGAGGAGGCGCGUCACCUAUGCGAAGAAGAAACCGGAAGGGGAGGACUACUGGCAUUUCCGCAUUGAUUUGGUACUUCGCUGCGUGGAGCUAGAUUGUAAUUUUGGAGUGGUGCGCUCAAUGGGAGAAGUUCUUGUUCAGACCGGAGGCGGGCCCAUGGGCAGCCCUCUAAUGGUAGAGAUAUCCAACAUCUAUGGCCUCGUACAUGAAAAGAAGAAAGUGCAACACGCAUACCGCGGCAAGCUGAUACAUAAGAGAUACAUCGAUGGCCUACUUCUCGUUGCGAUAAUCAGAAGAGAAGACGAGCCCAAUACUUUGAUCCCUGACUUCUACCCUGGCUGCCGUCUUAAAACGACGACCAGUGACGGCGAGUAUUGUGGCAUCCGUUGGACGGUAACAGAAGCAGGAGUCUCAACCUGUGCAGCACCACCGAAGUCACAUACUCCAUCUAGAUCUUUCAUUAGCGAGAAACUACGGAGGGGCAUCGGAUAUGGACGGCGGUGCUACGAGGCGUUUUUGCGCGUGGACGGACUUGCGUAACACUUGGCAGCGACCUCGGAUGUUAUGGCCUCUCAACUCUAACUAGAUGCUGAGCAGACGCGGAGCGACUGGCGCAACACUGCCCCUUUAGCGGGGGCUUUUUACCGAGGCCUUGGAAUUUAUUGACUCGAUGUCACUUGAUGCCCCUUCUGCUACCGGUAGCACGAUGUCGAUCGCUUGUGGAGCUGUUCUUUUCUCGAGUAAUCUAUACUCGCACACGAGACGAGACCUUCUUGGUCUAGAAAGAGCUUGAAAAUGACCGCGGUCAAAAAUCUGAACAGUGGACUGGUCUGGCGGAUGUGUUUAUAGUUAACAGAAUGACAAGAACCAGACGAAAAGUGAAAGAUAAACACAAGCUUGGCGCCUUUGUUCUAACGUUCUAAAUUUCAGUAAAAACUCGUUUGGUGGAUGUGUUUAUAGUUAACGGAAAGACAAGAACCAGACAAAAAGCUUCACAUAAACACAAGACUAAGGAGCCCCGUGCUUUUUCUUAUUUCUUCCUGCGGUAGACGUUCACAGCACUGACCGAUGACUAAUGCUCGAAAAUGCUGGGCUCUUUCUGGAUGUCCCUUCAUGAAAGAUUGAGAACACUUUCAUGCUGCAUAAUUUUUAGGCCACUGGGCGAAAGAGAAGAGUCAGACGAAGGCAGAAGUGGUAACCUCGUGGGGAGAAACGACGGAUGUUCUAAGGAAGUCAUUUCUUUGUAGAUGAUGAUACGACGAGCAGCAUGACUAUCCUAGAAACAUGACUCACCCCCACACUCUUGUCAUCAAGGCAUGACUCACGCACAUCAACAUGAACCAGCCCUAUCCCCCCAUUGUCCAGGUAAUCGAUGUAUCACGCAGUUACAUACCUCUGCACAGCAGGAAAUCUUUGCGGGACUAUCUAGAUCAAACCCUGCCACCAAAUGCAUCAGCGCCAUGGCUCGAAAGGAGGAGUCAAUCCUUAGAAGUGCAGUCGAGACGGUGUUUUGUUAAGGCAGGUUACCUUUUUUUACUGAGAGAAGUUACUCGAAAACUGAAAAUAGCCGAGUUACUCACUCAAAUAAGGGAGGUAGCUUCAAAAGGCUCCUGGCCUUCCUUCAUUAUCUCGGUUAUUCUCGUCUUUUGCUUGCGAAUUUUAGUUUAUCGAAUAGCAAGAAUGCCGAUAGUUGUUGUAGGUUCAUCGAUCGGAUGGAGUUUUCGUUUUGUUUUUGCAGCUAUAUAUAACGAAACAUCAUCUAGGUACUAAUACUAUUUAUAUUACUACUCGCACUGUCAUUAAAAACCAUAGAAAUCUCUAAUCUCCCCAACACAUGGAGCGAAGGCUGGUUUCAGCGUGGACCGAUUAUUAGGAGGGAAACGCCAGAAAUAACGGCUGCAGGCCAACCUAGUGGAAUGCCGGUUCCACUCAACAGCAUGGAGAAAUUUGGUAUUCUUUACUACAACUAGCUCUCUAUACUUCUAGCUGGUAUGGUGUCACUAGUAACAAGUACAACUUCAUCUUCAACAACAUCUUGUUUUUGUUGCUGGAAGUGGAUCCAACACCAAACUGUGUUAGUACUAGUAAGUUUUUGUCGCUGGAAAUGGAUCCAACACCAAUCUGAAACUACAACUGUUCUACCAAAUAACAGAAGACUUGCUUCUUACUUUAUAAUAUCUCAAAUCUCACCGCCAGGCACAGUAAUCCCCAACUGGCCGGGUCGUAUCGAAGGCGAAAGGAAUAUGGGACCCUUCACGCAAGUGAGCGGUAACAACCAGUCAGGCGCGUUCAUGACGCGGUUUCGAACUAUGAAAUACGACUCGAGGUACACCAUGUACGACGUGCCUAGGAGGCACUGUCCCUCCGACUACACUGGCUUCCCACGCAGAUACAUCACCGGAGAAGGAUACACUAAAUUCGGGCAGGAUAGCCUCACUUUGUAGGUAGGAUAGGGCUUCUAGAACUAGAAAUUUUUCGGGGAUACGAGGACGAGGUGCAGCUGACUAACUACAACAUGUCAUAAACUUGUCCCUCGUGGUAUAGAGUUGUGAAAUCUGAAAUUUAUGAACGAACUUGUUGAAGUAAGCUGUGUCUCUGUGUUAAUGUAUUUCUUGGAUCAUGCUGGGAAGGAAACAAGCCAGUGAAAUUUAAAAGCAUCAUGAUGUCAACUACACUGACACACUUCUUGUACACAUAGAAAAAUGUACUAGCUAAGUUGUAAUACUCAAAAAUAGGGCUUUCUUUGGUGAUAACAAUCCAGACUUCUUAUACUAAAUUUCUUGUUGUAGGCUAAUGUCAAUCCAAAACAGAAGUAGUUCUUGUAUAUAUUUUUCGUAAGAUCAUAAUGUUCAUCUUUUUCAGCAUCUUGUAAUUGUUUUGUAUUGUUUCUUCUUGCACUAAGGAUACAUUUUCUUGGGUGAAAAGCCAAAACAUUCAUUUUGAUCGUCUUUGAGCCUGACUUGUAACAACUUGUAACAGAAAUUGUCUGGUGGGUAAAAAUCUGAAUAUAGGCUGUACAACUACAAUCAAUGAAACCGAAUCUUCAAGUUCACACUCUCUCAGUAU